AUGGCGUUACAGGAAGAUGCGGCCACGAAGGCCCUGCGAGGUCUUUGCAUAGCGCCCUUCUUCGAUGCUAAGAAAUUCCCAGCAGAUGCAGGAUUGGCCAAUUGGCUGAGUGUCGCGGGCGCGCUCUGCUGCGUGUUCCUGCUGCUCUCGUACGCCUUCUUGCCAGUUGACAAGACCCUUCGCCACUAUCUCAGCAUCUCCAUCGUGUCUGCUGUCGUGUUCAUGAACCUCGGCUUCAUCAUACCGCUCGCCGCCCAGCCCGACCAGUGCUUCAACGAAAUCACACCGCAUGGCAUGAGCACAAGCACUGUCUGCGCUGCCUCGGCCACCUCCCUCCUAUUUGGCGGUUUCGCCGGUGUCAUGUGGGUUUUCCUGCGGGCCGUUUCGCUGCAUCUCCAGAUUUGCUGGCAGCAGAAUGUCGGUCGCAUGUUCAUGAUCUUCUCACACGCCACCGGCUGGCUGAUCCCGUUCGUCGUCGUAACUCUUGCCCUCGUCUUUAGCGGGGUGUCGUUCCGAUUUGGUGCGACAUGCCAUAUCAACCACAAGAACUCGCUCGCCGACUUCUGGAUUCCCCUCCUCAUAUUUGCCGGCCUCACGGUGCUGUUCCAGUUUGCUACUUUCGGAUACUGCAUCAAGGUCUACCUUGCCUCCCUUGCCGACAACAGCGCUUCGACUGAGGGCUCCACAAUCCCUUACACCAACAGCGUCGUGACCUUGUCACCGAGGCAAGCCUACCGCCGCGUCAGGAGGGUCAUCCAACUGCAAUGGAAGGGGAUCGCCAUUGUCUUGAUCAUCAUCACCGACGUCAUCUUUUUCUCAGUCGUCUUCGUGUUCCAAGAUAAUACGAUACAAGAUGUCAAGAAUCACCCCGAGAUCAGCCAGGCUUGGCUCGCAUGCCUGGCGGGUGCGAUUGCGAAGGGCGGAAGCAAGGAUGACUGUCUCAAGGAAGCCUCCAAGUUGGUCGCCGACGAGGGCACCAUCAUCGCCGUGCUCUUCCUCUUGGCCAUUAACGGAAUCUUCCUGCUCUUCCUCCUGGGCCGAUGGUCGAUGGUCUACGGAUGGAUUGACCUCUUCAAAGGCCUCUUCGGCAAGAAAUCCAACGAGUUCGUGUCUGUUGACGCGCGCCUCGACUUCAAGAAUGACCAACGUUCGUAUGAGAUGCUGUCCAACGAUGAGAGUGGAGUGGUAACGUCUCUUCCUUCAGUCCACCUGUCAUCCAUGAGUCCGACGCCUAGCGGCGGCUUCAAGACUCCCGACUACUACGGCCAAACAGCGCGGUACAACCCGCCCGAGAGGUCCUUUUCCAGCCCCAGGCCGCGCACGUCGCAAACGCCGUGGGAUUCGACGACAACAUAUGCUCGGCCUGCCGAUAGCUCGCAUAACUAUUAUAUGCACCAUCCUUACCACAACCGUGACGUGGAGAGGAAUGGGGAUAUGAAUCCUCUAGGGAUGAACAAGAUAUGA